AUGACGAGUUUACAUUAUGACGUAAAUCGGAUAAACGCGGGAGGAGAUGAAUGUGUGGAUGAUCUUUUCCAGGUCAUCAAACUGGAGGAAUUGUUUUAUUUUAGCGAUUUAAUAGUUUUCAAAUUUAAACCAUUUUGUUUCCUUGUAGGCCAUGGCCCUCUGAAAACUCUCCCUGUUCAAGGACAGCGUCUUUAUUAUUCUCCAACCAGGACAACCUGCACCACUUGGGGCUAUGAACAUUUCCGAACCUUUGACAAUUUCAUUUAUGGAUUCUCAUCCACCUGCAACUAUGUCUUUGUCAGUGACUGCUCAGAAACCCUUGGAGCUUUCAACAUUCAGAUCCGGAGAGGAAAGCUUGGAUUAUUAAAAAGAAUUUCAAUCAAUAUCUGGGGUAUCUUGAUCAUAAUCGAGAAUGCAAAGAUCACUGUAAAUGACAAUGCCAUUAUUAAGCUACCGUAUAAUUUAAAUGGAAUACAGAUCAAAUUGUUUGGAGAUGGCACCAGACUGGCUACAAAACAGAAGGGUUUGGAUCUCGUUGCCACCUGGAAUAACAUUGACUACCUGAUGGUUGAACUUGGAAAUGACUACAGAGGCAAAACAUGUGGACUUUGUGGAGAUUUCAAUGGCCACCCUCGGCUAAAGGAGUUCUCCCAGGGAGGGAAGAAAAUUCCAAUCUACAAGUUUGCCAGUAAAUAUCAAUUGGAUGAUCCUUCAGAAAUGUGUGAACUCAUGAACCAACCAAGAAUAAAAGAUGGUCUUACUGAAUAUGUGAGUAUAUUAAAUGAGAUAUUUGAACAUAUAAUCUGGACCAGGCAAGGAUGCUUAGGCAGCAAGGUUGCAUAGAGGAAGGGAUACUGCCUUACAGCGCCAGAGACCCGAGUUCGAUCCUGACUAAAGGUGCUUGUGUAGGAGGUGAACUGCAGAUGCUGGUUUACACUGAAGAGCGACACAAAAUGCUGGAGUAACUCAGCGGGACAUGCAGCAUCUCUUGCUAGAAGAACUGCAUGAUGUUUCGGGUCAAGACCCUUAUUCUCCGCGAUCUGUAUGUGUUUUCCACAAGAUCUUCGGUUUCCUUCCACACUCCAAAGAUGUACAAAUUUGUAGGUUAAUUGGCUUGGUAUAAAUGUAACAUUGUUCCUAGUGCGUAUAGGGUAGGGUUAAUGUGCAGGGAUCGCUGGUCAGUAUGGACUUGGUGGGACGAAGGGCUGUUUCCGCACUGUAUCCCUAAACUAACCUAAACUAACAUCCUGACUUUCAUACUCAACAUCCUAACUGAUGAAGGUCGAUCAUAAAUAUUCUUUACAACUCCAUCCACUUAUGUUGCCCUUUGAGCGAGCAAUGGAUUUGCACACCAAGAUCCUUUGUCCCUUAAGCAGAUUUAACUGAACUAAACUUCAUGAACAAUGUGUUGUGUGCACUGAGCAUGUCAUCUAGACGAUUUGAACAUUAUAUGGAUGAGCGUAUAGGCUAUGUAAUUUAUUUGGCUUGCACAUCAUGUGAACUGCAGGUGUACAUUAAUUUGGGUAAUGAAUAAGUUUGAUGGAUAGCAAAAAUAUUAUGUGGUUUGCCAUUCUUAGAUAGUAUGAGAAAUUAAGAGAAAUUAAGAGAAGUUAAUGAGAUGUUAAGUAGUAUUUUUCAAGUUAUGUGCUAACCUUUUGCCUGGCAAUUCAAGUUGUCCAGAUGAUUAUCUUGUUUGCCCAUAUUCCAAUGACAAUGUCACAGCAAAAAUACUCAUAAAUCUUUUAUUUCUGGCAGUACAAAGUCAUACAAUAUGAAUAUUUUAAAAGUCAACUCCUGUGGUUUAACUGUGAUUUUAAUAUCAAGAACAUAAGUUCUAAAAUACUUUGUACAUUUAUGGAAAAGCAUGACUGUCCGUGACAGUUUUGAUGAAACGAUUGAUGCAUGUCCCAUGUACAUUUUGUGACACUUUAUUGUACGGUAAGCGCCAUCCAAUAGUUGCAACGUGCUUAAAUUGCAUCCGUCCCCUGCUGUUGAGGACGGAUCCUCUGUGUCCUUCAAUGCCCUUCUCCCAGAUAGAACAACAUCCAUGUCUGGCCAUUGCACAGCAUAAGCUAGUGUUUAUUUGACCAAAACAUAAACUGCCGGAGCAAGGUCCUCAACUUUCACCCCACCAGCCUCCAUACCUGACACAUUAUUUCCCCACAUUUCACCCAUUGUACACAAUCAGUCUAAAGAAGUGACCCGGCCCAAAACAUUCCCUGCCCAUUCCCUCCACAGAUGCUGCCUGACCAGCUGAAUCCCUUGGGCAAAUAUACUGU